UCAUUCAAAGAUGGAGGCUUUUCUUAUCUUGAUAUUUAUUUUCUCUCAUCUUACAUGUUCAGAUGCAUCAUUUGCUGUUGACUUACAAUGUCCAGAACGAUUUCAAAAUGGAGAAAAUAUUGUUACCUGCACAAUCAAUUCAACUGCAGUUCGAGAAGCGGAAUGCUUAUCAGUAUCAGAGUCUGUUACCUUUGAUCGUACUAUUGAUUUACAGACAACUGCUGUGUGUAUGUACACAUAUGACCCAAAUCAGAAAUGCAUGCCUUCAACUCAGAACAGUCCAGGAAGCUGUUGGUGUAACAGCUCUAACAAUGAUAUCUUCACCUACACCUUUUCCUACCUGGCUGACAGCAAACGUGAUCAAGGGGGACAGCUUGAAUGCAAAAUUUGCAUUUUUCCAGAAAAAAACUUUAAUCUAAAUGUUAGCAAAAGCUGCAGAAGUAUGAACUUUGAUGAACAUAAAGUACCUAUACCUCCUGAUAGUAAACAGCCUAAUAGUUCAGUUGUUGGAGACCAUACCAAUGAAAAAGCUGGUAAAGAUCCAAAAUCUGAUGGUAGUGAUGAUCCUAAUAAUCCUGCAGUAAUUGGAGGAAUAAUUGGAGGAGUAGUCAUACUAAUAAUAGCUGUAAUUCUUUUAUUUUUAUAUUACAAGAAAUGUUGGAAGAGGUCUCGAUCUUCCAGCAAAAAUGAUUCUGAACAGAAAUCCAAAGAUGAGAAGGAACUGCUAACCUUUAAAGAAAAGAAUGCCCCAAACCACCUAAAUGGCUCAGCGUUAGAGGAAACUGAUGACUCAGCUGAAGGUCUUAGGAGUUCUGAAUCAAAAGAUGAAAAGGAGAGAGAUAAAACUAUAGAAGGGGCCAAACACCAGCAAAAUGGCACAGCAUCCAUGCAUGUGUGACUUGCCUCAAGUUCUCAUGACAAAGUAAUGCGUCACAUUUCUUAAACAACAUUAUUAUUAUUGUUCACUAAGUGGCUGAAGAGUGAUGACCCUUCACCUAACUGGCUAGAGGUGAUGUCUAUUCCUCACUUUUCUUAUUUUCUUUUAUGAUUAUUAUUAUUUCUGUUGGAGGGGAGGCUUUUUUUCUGGGGGAGUGGCGUUUUGAGCCACGAAUGUCAGGGACGCCGUUUUAGAUCACACUUUCACUCACUACACGCACGCGUCCCCUUGCGUGUUCUUUCACUCACAUAUCACAAAGAUUUGUCGUGGGCAACAAAACUUUAUAACAAUCAACAUUAACUAAAUAUAUACAAAGUCCGUAGGUCUUCCACACAGCGACCUGUAACUCCAAACUGUCGUAUGUUUUUGAAUAAUUCGUUAGAGUCUUAGUUACUCACACCCAAAAAUGAAACGUCCGGGUAAAAUCCUCUCUGCCCCUUGUUCAACAGUUGUGCAGUCUUGCCCACACUUGACUGAUAUCCACACACACAAACGUUUAGAGGAAACCACAUACACGUUCCGAUGCUUAAUAAUAAUAAGUGCUGACUCGGCAGACACCUAAACGACGACUCAGAAUAUAUUUGCUGGGAUCAACACACCAGAUCCACAGCGAGCACCACAAAUAUAUUCCCUGGGAUCAACACAUGAUCCAAAGCGAACACCACGCAUAAAUCCUCUGGGAUAGACACACACAAUAUCCGAAGCGAACACCACACACACUUUCAGUCCGCCUCUCUUCCCUGCUCACAGCCGUCUGCUUUCUUCCAAAUAAUUUUCACCUUACGUCCCUCUCAAAUUGCGUCAUAAAAUGACGUCGGGUUCUGACGCUAAACCACGACGCAACCAACACACUCAUAUAUGUAAGGUAAGGGCAAUAAUCCCUGACUAGCACAGACAGGGGUAACCACCCCCUGUUCCUAACAUUUUGAUGGUGGCAAAGCACUCUCUCAGUUUACUUUAUAUUUUGCUGUGCAUUGUGCUUACGUCUUUGUAAAUUCAUAAAGAUUUAUUUGAUGUCUGCCAUUAAAAGGUGUUCAUUUACCUUUGUGUGAAACGCUUUGAGUCCAGCUGAUGCUGGCGGAAGGCUCUUGACAACUGCGCUUAUUAUUAGCUUAUAACUUCUCUCUUUUUCUGCUUCCCUGCAUUCUUUUUCCAGAGAAACAAUUAAAGUAAGUUUGUAUUCUCAAGAAAAUCCAUGCAACCGAUUGGUGGGGUGUUGUAUGUUGGGAGGUGUAAACUUUCUCACGCAUUCAGUAAGAUACAGGACUAGCACCGGAAAGUUUCGCAUCCUAUAUUCCUUGUCAGCAUGAUCUUGGAAUCUUAUCAUGAUCAGUCACUUGUAAAUAUAUAAUAAUACAUAUCAUUUUUCUGUAAGGAAGUUUGAUCUACAUACAAAGUAUACUUUUUCAUUGUGGAAUCUAUUGUGGAUUGUAAGAAAAAGUCACAAUUUGAUCUGAUUUUUUGCUUGUAUGUUAAUAUUGUUGUUUCUUCAUCUCAAUGAGUUCAUCUAAGUUAUAUGUGUUUCCUUUAGUCUUCAGUGGUUUCAACGCCAUCCAUGAGCCCUGGUUCUUUAUUUAAGCAUCCCUAACAUCGUGUACAGCCGAAUUCUGAUUACUUUGAAUAAAGCAUGUAUUAAGGAACUGUAUACCAGUGAUAUGCGGAAAUAUAUUAUUUAUGUUUGGCCGGCAGGUUAUACGAGGUGGGGGGGGGAGGGAUGAAGCCCUUUUACCUAAAAUACUGUAAUGCCCACCAAUCUGUUGUUCAAGUUUUUGUUGCGUUUCUUCAUUUUUAUGCUAUUUAUCCGCAUAUAUUACUACUCAGUUUUUAUAUUAUUUUUUGGUGCUGAUUGUUAUAGUUUUACAUUGUGAGUAUGAUGACUAAUAAUUUGUGAUCUGAGCAGUGUCCAUUCCGACGAAACUGGGAAAUGACUGAAUUAGCGGAUUGCUUAAAAAUUAUUGUAUAUUUGGAGAGGUAAGAAUCGCUGUACAGUUCUAAAUUUACAACAGUUAUAUCGGUAAACAAUAAAC